UGCCAGUCAAGAGAUAAACUUUUUGAUAACGAAUCGAACCCCAAUGUUAUCACAAGCGUUGUCAGUUUAUUUCACAAAGCUAAAGUGUUUUGUUGUUUCUGUUUAAUUGUAAUAUUGUUUGUGAACUAAUAAAGUGAGUUAAAAUGGGUAAAGUGAAAUUAACUACGGUGUUCGAAAAUCUUAAAUUUGAUGAAAUACCUAUGAGCACAAAGUUAGCAGUAGAAUACAUAAAGACAAAAGAAGGUUCAUUUCGUAGCUUAUACUUUGAGCCGGAAAAAACAAUAUGUAAGGUUGAUUCUUAUUCGAACAAUAUAGAAUGUGCAGAUUCAUCUUCAUUCCUGCUACCGGGUACUUCAACGUUAUCAACUACAGAGUCAUGGACAAAUAUCACUGAAAAAUUAAAAAAGUUGGCUACUGGAAUUAAACAAAGAUCCGACUUGUUCUGCCAACUUGAAUGGUUGAUCCGGCGUAUCCCAAUUGAGAACACGCAACACAGUAUAAAUUUGAUUAUGAAAAACUUGCUUCAUGCUAGUGCAGAUUGGAAAGCGGCUUACAUUGAAGAAGGAGUUAUUACCAUGACCGACAACACGCCUAUGCUGAUACUUGGUUUUAUAGCUCAAAUAUUCAAAACUUGUGAAGACCCAAUUAUUUUGUCGACGCCACAAACCGCUGUGGUGUGUCAUCUCUUUACCGAAGUGUGUCGUGAAGUUGGAUGGAACGUACGAUUAAUACUAAUAGAACAACUGAACAAUUUGAUGGAUGAUAACAAAGUAUAUCCAAAUCUAUUCAACAGUCUAUUGUCCGAAAUUACUGGGAUUAUUACCGAACAAUCUGACUUGGAUUCUGCUGUUGAUGAUUUUCUAAAUGCUGAGUUACAUCCGCUACCGCUUACACGUCUCCUCGUUCAAGAAAAUGUUUUUGAAGAAUUUAAGACUAUUUUAGAUUGGAAAUGCAAAUUACGUCAUGAGGAACCCGGACUAGAUAUGCAAGAAAUAGUACAAAAAUGCUCGAAUUCAUUUAGAUAUGGUGAUAAAUUAUUUUUAAUAAAUUAUGCUGGAUGUUAUAUUCGGCAGGGGUCAGAGCAAGUUGUGUUAAUAGAAGCUUUUAGAAGUGUCAAAGAAUUGCUGUCACUUGUUCUUAAGUACAAACAACUAUGCUUAUCAAUAUGGGCUAGCAGCGUUUUAGAAGCUAAUGAAAUUGCUGACGUUGACGUGACGUUGACGUUCCGAUUAUAUGGGUAAAUGAUUAUUGUAACUUUACUGGAUGUGACGAAAUCAGUAAAGCGAUCUAUAAAAGAAUAGAUUCUGUGAAUGUGACGGUUAAAGUUAAUAGCUCCAUUGUUAAAAUGCUAAAAAUACAAGAACAGUGGUUGAAAAAAACCUUCAACGAGCGUUGUGACGCUGUGAUGAAAGUAAUCAAAAGUAAAGAUCUUAGUUUAGGAGAUAAGAUUGAACCUGAAAUACCGAAUUGGAAAAUCAACAACUUUAUCUCCAUCAAUAACGAUACGAUGAUAUUGGGAUUUAAUGUACCUGAUAAAGUAGUAUUAUACAACACAUUUGGAACUGUAGCAGUGCCGUCACCUUGCUUUGAUAACAUUAUUAGGGCACUUAUAAAUGGGAGUGC